CUCCUUUAAUUCGGAUUCCUGGAUUAUCUCUUUUAUGCAGACUUGAAAAGGGUUUCUUCGAUGGCGGAUAAUUUGAUGAAUGGUGUAGUAAUGGAUCUUGAUUUGAACCAGGAGCCUAUGGAGUCAUCUUCUGGUACUGCUUUAGGAUUAGGGUCUUUGUUGAAUGAUUUGGAAACUGCUAGUAGGAUAGAGCAAAGAAUUCUGCAGCUUGAGGCUGUUGCAGCUCGAACUUGGCAACGCCAUAGGUGGCGUUCCCAAGCUCGUAAUUCUUCUUCUGAUGAUAUUGCUAAUAAUAACGUGGAUAAUGAGAAGCAAGAAAAAGGAUGCAAAAGAGAUAGAUCCCAUUUAGUAGCAAAGGCAUUGGAGAUGGAUUUAGUGGUUAAAAAAGUAGGUAAGGAUGGUGGAAGUGGAAGCUUCUUUGAUUGUAAUAUAUGUUUAGAUAUGGCUAAAGAACCUAUCUUGACUUGUUGCGGCCAUUUAUAUUGCUGGUCAUGCUUUUAUCAGUUGCCUUAUGUUGAUUCGAGUACAAAAGAGUGUCCUGUUUGCAAGGGAGAGGUUAUAGAUGAAAAUAUUACUCCAAUUUAUGGUAAUGGCCACAGUUACUGCUCAAAAGAACUUGUGGAGUGUGGUUUCAAAAUACCACCAAGGCCAAAAGCACAUAGAGUUGAGAGUGUUAGACAGCAGCGUGUGACUCGGGGUUUAUCUCAUAUCCCAGUUACAGAAGCACUUAGGCGAAUUAGGACCAGUAUAGGAUUGGGGGAUCACCCGUCACAGCAACUUGCGACUGGUGACGUUAGUUCGAGUUCUCUGAGCAGCUCUCACGAGUUGCAAAAUGCUGAUCCCAUAGGCAGCCGGGGACUACGGUCACGAGUGUUUCCGAGGGUAUUAUCAGAGGGUGCUGCCUCUCUUUCAUCAGAAUUAGAAAAUGCACAGCAGAUGUUUGAGGACCUUACAGCGUCACUCACAGACCGCAUUCGCGAAAGAAACAAUUCGCAAGUUUUACCAAUUAGUCAGGUUGCAGCUGAUGAAGAUGAUUCUUUGAGAAGAGAUGCUACUAUCAUACGAUCAGAACGUCAGACUCUGGAUUCAAUUGUGGAGACAAGCUCUGCUACGUCAUCUGUUCCUUCCUCUCAAUCAAAUGAAGUUUCUGAUGCUGCACUUCAGUUGGAAAACCUAACUGAUGCUGGAAAUCUGCCUGUGAGUCGAUCUUCAUUAUCUUCCAGGAGGAGAAGCGGUUUCUCGAGGCUUUCAGAUUUAGAUAGUGGACUUCUUCGUGAAACAAGAAGAAGAAGAUUGAACUGAUGCCCUUGAAUGAUUGAGGUAUAAUUUCCCAUUUAUCUUCCCUAAAGAAGUAUUACACUUUCAUGUUAUCAUGUUCAUCAAAUGUAAGUUUCCAACUCUAACUCAGUGACUUAAGUAGGCAGUAUUCUCACAUUUGGUCAAGAUAUUGGUGUUUCCCUUGUUGGAAGUGAUAACAUAUUUAGUUUCAUCUAGUUCAGAGAUUUACCAAUGGUGGAUUUGAAACAUUAUGAUAAUAAGCUUUUCUCAAAAAGAAUUAGUUGCAAUAUUAAGUCAUUAAGCGGUCACAAUGUACAAAAUUCUGUAGCCUUAAAGGGAAUAGGCACAUUUUCUGCUAAAGUUGAGUUAGUUGUAUCAGUGGAAGUUGCUGAGGAAGAAUUUCUAUGACA